GAUUUGACGGUGCCGUCGCGAUUUGACAUCUGUCACUUUGUCUUGCUUCUCGAACGGGACGGUACCUGUAUAUUGACGGUCUACGCUAAAGUUGUGUAUCAUCGCUAAUCCUUAUCCAUUCCUGCCCUAUACCCUUCUCCCUAAGUGAUACGGCGUGAGAAGACGAAGGCAUCGGUUCCGGUAGGCUGCCGGUUGAGGUGCUCACUCGAUUCGAGCAGCAGGACAACGCAGGUAGGGACGAACUGCCUACCCUGGCCAGUCUGCUGGCGUUUUUAGAAGCCGAAAGUCGCCGACACGAGAUUAUGCCACCGCCCUCCUCCUCUGGGUCGCGUGUGCCGGCUUCCGGCCACGCCGUUUCGGUUGCUCAGAGGGGAGGGAGAGGGGAUAAGAGGGGGCCGUCUCAACGACUGACUGCGCUCAUGGCAGCGGUGGGAGGCCCACGGUGUGCCUUCUGUCAUGAGAGCGGGCACGACGUAGCCGCCUGUCCGAGGUUCCGGUCGACGCGCAUCAGGGGUAGACGCAACAUCGUUGCCCAGCGGCGAUGGUGCUUUUUUUGUUUUGGGCCGCACACGGCGAGCGUCUGUCCACAGCCACAAUUGUGCCCUAAUUGCGACGGUCGGCACCAUGCCCUCCUGUGUCUGGAGUCUGCCGCCACUCCGAGGUCAUCCGGACGCAGUCAUCCAGCCUCGCCGACCGGUGAGCGCACCGGUCGUAGCCCUCGCCAAUUCGGCGUCGUGGACCCUCGGAAAGAGGCUUCGCAGGGAGGCGCCGGGUUAGGUACUGCGGGCGGGUGCCAGCGGAUGCCCACUAGCUACGCCGGGGUGGCCACGUUGUCCCCCCGUGCGGGGCCGUGUUCGCCUGCUGGAUCGAGAAGCCCUGCUCACUCGUCUCCCCCUCCCUCAGAAGUACGGUUUUCCCCUCCGCUGAGGGAGCGGCCGACGCUGGAGCGACUCCCUCCAGUGUUUGGCCCGUUUGGCCAUCGUACGCGGAGGUAUAUGAGGCGGGACGGGAAACGAGGGCCUUAUGUGGGAGCGUGGGAUCCGCUGGCACGCUACGACCUUCCGCCGCGCGCCGACCGGGAUAGCGGGGACCCGGGCCCCCGCUAGGAAAUUGCCGCUCAC